CAUAAAAAAACAUUGCGAUAUCGUCAGUGUAUGUUAGCGCCACAAUACAUUUCCCAUGCUGCUUAGUUCCUUUGAGGGGUGUGGUUUGUUGGGCGCGCUGUGUGAAGAACGAUUUGAAAUAAAAAUGGCGGAAAAGGAUUUGGAAGUUGGAUACGACCGCUGCGGAAAUGUCGCCUUCGUUGACAGUCAGAAUGAGUUUCUGUAUACCAAGGCCAACCCAGGGAAACAGUCAUCGAAAAGAUGCUCCUCCACAAGUCCCGGCAAAUGUCCCCCACCCAAGUCUCCCCGUACCGAUGUGAUAUCACCCACAACGGAGACACCCGGUGUAGCAAAAGGGCAGCAAGACACAGACGUACAAGAAUUGCAGACAGAAAACAGUGAUGGAUCUACAGGUUCCUCUGUCAGCCCCACUGCACACAGGAAAUCCUGGAGGAGGGGUACCAUGAGCCGAAGAUUUCUCCAUGUCCUUCCCAAGCCAUAUCAGGCUUUGUGUGGAAACAUAAGUACAUCCUUGUCACAGCAUGAGAGGCUCAUGAAAUUAAUGGAGGCUUCAAUGAAGUUGGUGAUAGGAAGAACUCAAAAUCAGAUUCAGUCGGUGCCAGAGGCCUCACUGGAGACUUUUCAAAAACAAGUUGAGCACAUCCAGAAAGAGUGGGGUUUCCUGGCCAAAAGCACGCGUAGUGAACCACAUCAACAACCUUGUAGUGCAUCCAGAUCUAGUAACCCUGCAGUGGAAAAAGCCAUGGAAAAAUACCGAAGGGCCAUUAACAGGCUCCAGGCUGAAGGUGAGUCUUGGGAGGCACUGCUGAGCAAACACCAAAACAAAGCAAAGGAACUGGAAAGGAAGGUGGAGCACAGCCAACAGACAGGUUUAUCACUAGACCCUGCAUCAGUGGCCCAAUCCUCACAACACUUUUUCAUAGAGAGUAAACCUGACUACCAGACUGUCCUCUAUAGACAGCAACCCCUGCUUCACACAGUGUCCAUAAUUAUGGAUACUCAGUGCAAGAUGGUUAGAGAGCUUCUGUCCAUCAAAACACACUCACAGUUAUUGGUGAAGGAAACAAGUGUCCGACUGGCGGCAGAAGCGGGAUUCCAAGAUCUUUCAUCCGACCUGCUCAGGAAUCUUAUGGCAGCACCUUUAUCCUCUGCAACUACAUAGCCACUCUGGUGAGAGGCAAUCAUAAGCAGUAUGGGACUGCCUGUAUAAAUAAAGGUUAAAUUUAAAUAAAAAAAAAAGUAUAUCAUGCAGUGGACCAUGGCUUUUUUCAGGGUUCCCGCGGGGUAGUAAAAGGUAGUA